AGACAUAACACUGCAGGUAAGAAACAUUGACUGAAUAAUGUUUCUAACAAAUUCAAGGCACUUCAUACUCUGCAUACAGCCUCAAAACUUCAAUUUACAGAUCACAUUAAUAUCUUUUGUCCAAGCUGCUGUAUUUCUGUGGUUAAAGAAAACCUUUCACUUCCUGAAGCAUGUAACUGAAAAGGACACUAGAUGUGCUAGGGUUAGGACCUUCCCUGUUCUAAAUUUUCAGAUAUAAACUCCACAAAUGCACGUCUGAAUGUUAGGCUCGUUUAGAGAUGUAUUCUCCGAAAGGUUCUUUGUUUUCACAGGGUUCAGGUGCAAAACAGGUAAGGCGAUAUUGUCCUGCUUUGUCUUGCAAAGCAAUUGUUUGUUUACUCUGCUUGAUGGAAAUCUCUAAAAUUGUUCAUGGAGGUAUUUGUGGCAGGGAUUAGCCGGGCUGAAAAAGCAAAUAGCAAAAUGAGUCAAGCUAUUUUCAUAUGCAAUUGCAUAUUUCUUCUCUGUGAAAAAAUGGGAAUGCAAACACACACUGAGCUGAAAACAAUUAUGAAAGACCAACGUCCCAAUCAUUUGCAUGCCACAUCACAUCCAUUUUCACUACAUCUGCAUGCAGGCCACAUUUGGUGUACUCAGAGAGGAAAACCACUGUAAACACAGUGAAGCAGGCAAAUUCAGCCGACAAAAACGCACACAUUGAUACACACAAGCCUAAGGAUGCUAUAGAUAAUUCAGUUGUUUUCCUCUCUAAAUGCUCAGAAGAUAAUAGAAGAUAGCUUUUUCUCAGACUUAAUCAAAUCUGUACUUGUUUGUUGCAGACCAAAUUAAAUUUUAGCAGAUAAUUCAUUUUGAUGAACUGAUUUUCUCUAUGAAUAUCACCAGCAGAACCAACAUUUACUUUAUCCACAAUAGUUUGUAAAAUGUUUACAAAAACGCCGCAAAACAGAGGGUCAAGACAACAAUGAAUGACAUUUUAAAAGCCGAGCCAAUAAACAAACCCUCGUUGCAGGGAGUCUGAGCUUGGAAAGGAUGACAAAAAUCUUUAAUGCAUAAUUCAGUGUGUUACUAAGAUAACAUAACCAGCAGGGGAUCCAUUGUGCGUUGGUAAUGCAGGCUCAGUGGGUGUGAACUCAGGCCAUGUGCUCUGUUCAACACAAGAGGGAUAAUCUCAGAAGCUGACCAAGCAGCAAACAAACUCUGUGGGUGCUGCUCUGAAGUCAGUCACUCUGCUGUUGCUUUUACCAGAAAUGACACAACCUCGCAGUGAGCUGAGCACCUCGCCCUCAAGCCAGUGAAUCAGAAUCUCGCUCUGCUGGUAAAAAAACUUGCUCAACUUGACAGGGAACAAGCAGGUGGACAAGACAAAGAUCCACCCAGAGAAGAGACACUGUGGAUGAUUCAGUAUUAAUCUGGCGGAUUACAUAAACGGAGCUAGAGGUAAAAGGGUUUACAGAAAAGUAAUGGAAAGCAAGAGGACAAAAAAAGACAGAUGCGACGCACCAGUGAGUACAAAACUGUACGGGGGAGGGGGAAAAACCUAGAGGAAGUUGCGUGUGUGUGUGUGUGUGUGUGUGUGUGUGUGUGUGUGUGUGUGUGUGUGUGUGUGUGUGUGUGUGUGUGUGUGUGUGUGUGUGUGUGUGUGUGUGUGUGUGUGUGUGUGUGAUGUGAGCAUGUGUGUGUCAGGUGUGUGAUUGGGUGUUUUUGCCGGUAACCAGGCAGGGACGGACCUUGUCUCCUGGGGAUGUGAGGGGAGCAACUUAAACGUUAAUGAGCACAACUCGAAACGACACACACACAUUGACGAAACGCUCUGCAACAACCCAACCGGGUCUCCAGCUCACUGAACGCAGCGUCCCUGCCAGGAUAUAACAAGCAACCAAAUUUAGCUCUAAAUUAGCAGACUCUGCUGUGGCUGAUGAUGGCGCCAACGGAAAUCGCUUCUGUUCACUGCAGCAUGUUGGAUGUACUGUAAUGACUUUGAAGGCUUACUUCUUCACCAUAAGGACUACAGACUGAACUGCCUCGUAGGAGCUUUAUCUGUGGUGGUGAUACAGACGGACGACAGAGAAACAGGCUAUUAUGCCUCAGCUUGAAGGGAAAAAAUGCAGCUUCGUGUUUUGCCUGGGGAUGAGCAUUAUUGUCUGUUCACUCAUUUAUCUGAGAACUUGGAUGUCUACUGAGACAAAUCACCUAAAAUCUCCAAGCAGACCCAUCUCCUCUGAAUGUAAGGCUUUUCUGCCCAGCGGAGAGAAAGGAGUAGAAUGGAACUGGCUUGACUGCCAGGUGGAGAGCUAUAUUCACAAUAGCCGCAUGCCGUGUUCCAUGCUGACCAGAGAUCUACACUUCAUCACAAAACCUCUAAGUCGUGAAGAGGAGGACUACCCUUUAGCCUUCAUUGUGACUGUUCACAAAGAGCUGGAGCUUUUUGUGCGCCUGUUACGAGCCAUUUACAUGCCCCAAAAUGCCUACUGCAUUCAUGUGGAUGCCAAAGCGCCACAGGAGUACCAAGCAGCCGUACGGAAGCUAGUCAGCUGCUUUCAAAAUAUAUUCCUCUCCAGUCGCAGUGAGACCGUGACUUACGCUGGGUUUUCUCGCCUGCAAGCGGAUUUGAACUGCAUGAAGGACCUGGCGAAGUCCAAGAUAGGCUGGAAGAAGGUGGUAAAUCUGUGUGGACAAGAUUUCCCCGUCAAAAGCAACCUGGAACUGGUGCAGUACAUGCAAACCAAAGAGUGGAGGGACAAAAACAUGACGCCUGGGGUCAAACAGCCAGCGUCCAUGAGACACAGGACAGAAAUCCAGCACAAGGAGAUCGUAGGGUCACAUGUGGCACCAAAACGGCGAGGACUGAAGAAAGGUCCUCCUCCACACAAUCUGGAAAUCUAUUUUGGAACAGCGUACUACGCCCUCACAAGGCCCUUCGUAGACUUUGUUCUGAAAAGUCCAGUAGCCCAAGACUUAUUGCAGUGGUCCAAAGACACGUUCAGUCCAGACGAGCACUACUGGGUGACACUCAAUCAUAUUGCAGAUGCUCCAGGCAGCAACAUGGAUGGAGGUUGGGCAGGAGCUAUCCGGUCAAUCAAGUGGAGUGAUCAACAGGGAAAGACACACGACGGCUGCAAAGGUCAUUAUGUACGAGACAUCUGUGUCUACGCAGUAGGAGACCUGCCGUGGAUCAUCAACAGGAACGCCAUGUUUGCCAAUAAGUUUGAGAGCAACACCCAUCCUGAGGCGCUAGACUGUUUGGAGCUGUGGCACAGGAACAAAGUGCUGGACCAGGCAACUGUUCCUAUAGAACCAUCAUGGCUGCUGGCCACACAGAGCAACACUACCAGCAGACGCUACAGCAACAGCAGUGCUGGUGCAUGAAACUGCUGUUGAUACUGGGAACAAAAGUCCUUACGCAUGCAGUACAGAUUUGUUCCACUCCUGUAAUGUCCAUGUCAAAAUGUGAAUAAGACAGAACUCAAGUGAGAACAAGAGGGUAAUUUCAGCAUGCACCUAAAAGACUGUAGUUGAGCUACUCUUCCCAUAAAUGUGUUUAUUUAUUUGUGAGACUGUAAAAUGUGAGUUUUUUUAUGAAAAAUGUCAGACAGAGUAUAUGCCAGUGGGCCAUCAUUGCCAUUUGAGACAACUACUGCACCAAGUAUUUAAAAAGAAAAUUAUGAAAUAAAUAUCUCUACUGAUUUAAUAUGUUUCAGUAUGUUGAACAGGUAGAAAAAGAAAUAAAACUAUUGUCUGUUUUGGACUAUCCAUUUUACGUCACUGUGCCACUGCUACCGCGGGUGUGACGUUGCAUGGUGUUUGUUUUCUUUUUCCAUAAGAUGCGGUUUCCCGCAUCCUCUGGGCUCAAGUCUGGAGAGCUUGAGGUCCUUCCUCAGAACCUCACACCAGGUCUUUCUUGGUCUACCACGGGGCCUGCAUCCACCCACAUCCAGGGAGCAGACCUGGUCAUUCCAUGAUGAGCUCCUCUGGACAUGACCAAACCAUCUGAGGUGUUUCCGUCUAAGGGCAUCGACCAAGUCAUCAAUGCCAAGCCUCAGGCGGAGUUCCUGGGUGUUGAUGUUAUCAGUAGGUUUUAUGGCACACAUCCAGCAGGCAUAACCCUCUCAUUUCUUAGGAGCCAAUCCAGAUCUGUUUAUUUCAGAGGUCAGCACUCACACGCAUAAAACAUUGCUCCCCUGACACAACUGCAGUAAACUCUGCCACGUGUGCGUAAGGAUAGACUCUUGGAACCAAGAGUAACCUUUUCUUAUUAAAUAAUGUGUAAACAAAUAAAGGAAUUAUGAAAAGCAAAUCCUA